AAGUGCCAUGUUUGUGGCAAAACUGUGUACCCAAUGGAGUUUGUGGGUGCAUCAGACAAGGCAUUUCACAAAAACUGCUUUCGGUGCACCGUUUGCAAGACCAUGUUGCGCACCUCGGACUACGCCACUGUCAAUGAUCAAUUCUACUGCAAAACUCACUACGAGGCCGCCUUCAAGGCCACGGGCGGUAGCUACGCCUUUUAA